UGGUUGUCGGACGAUUGGCUUCCAACAAAGGCAUAGAUAGAAGAAGAGAAUGUUAGUUCUUCGCACUCCCGCCGGACCUGUCUCUGCCGUCAGAUUCAUCACCAAAUCCAAUCCUUCUGCUUUCUCUUCUUCCGAUUCAUGGCUCGUCCCCGCUCCCAACACUCGCCGGCGAAAACGCGUCGUCCUCGCUCUCUCUAACCCCGACGGAAGCGUCAAGUCCAAACCCACUACUACUACUACCUCAGCUUCUCAAAUCCCUUCUUCAGGAGAUGAAACAGUUUUCGUGGGUCAGGAGAAUGUUCCUUUAGAGGGUGUGAUUCAAUUCGAUAAGCCAUCAUCUUCCACUUCAUCUUCGAAGUUCACCAAAUGGGGACGUGUGGCGUUACUUGCUGGUGGAGAUGUAUUGGCUUUGCUUACCUUCUCUGCAAUUGGGAGAUUUAGCCAUGGUUUCCCUGUUUUCUCCAUUGACACUCUCCACACAGCUGACCCUUUUAUUGCUGGGUGGUUUCUGAGUGCGUAUUUCUUGGGAGGAUAUGCGGAGGAAGGGAGAGGAAUGAAAGGUCGGUCUAAAGCUGUGGUUGCAGCUGCGAAAUCGUGGAUUGUUGGAGCUCCGCUUGGAAUAGUCAUUAGGUCAGCUUCAUCGGGUCACAUCCCGGCUUCUAGCUUUCUGUUGGUGACAAUGGGAAGUACUGCUGUGUUACUUAUUGGGUGGAGAGCACUGUUAUUCAGUGUGCUUCCUACAGAGUCCAAGAAGAAAGAUGAUACGUAUCGGAAGGGUAGCGCAUUCGAACUAUUUGAGUUGCUUACUUCAUUGAUAAGACGGUGGUGAAGGCGAGCAUCCAUAAACGUGUGAGUGGAUGGAGGUUGAGAUUCAACAUGCACAAAAUUGUACAUGUACUUUUUGGCACAGUCGCCAAGAGAUCAUAAAUAGAUGAGUGUUGAAAAAUUUGAGGACCAACUGUAAUAUCGAUAUAGUUGCAGUGCGCAGUGGAGGAGAAGACAACGAUGAGAGAUGAUGAGUACUUGUUAUCUCUAGUCAUUGGAUAUAGCAAUUCAUACGAUAUGUUUUAAAUUGAAGCUGUGGGUUAGCCAGUGUUCCAAGACCUCAUUGCAGGCCAACUUCUUUUGGUUAAAUGUUCUAACAAGAUGUAUGAAUACUCAAAAAGAGCCUCUAAGUAAACGAAAUAUGAAAGACAAUGGUAGAUGCCUAAGAAAUAUAUCAAAAGAUGGUAAUGAAUUGUAAUGGUUGAUUAGAGUGUCAA